GAGCCGCAUGACGGCUUGGGUAUGUAAGACAUUGCCAUAUUGGGAUUUUCUACCGAACGCCCGUCGCCACAAGCGACCGGUUUUCGUGAGACCGUCACGAGUUGACAUUGCUUGUUGACACCCACCAUCCAGGGCUCGUCGUCAUUGCCGGCACACGGAAGCUUCUCUUCUUUACAGCAACUCUGCGCAUCUGCUUUACCCCCUUAUGAACAAGCUCAUCCGCCUCAUUUUCCGUGGCUACGGGCGCGUCGAAAACACAGGUUCCACCGCGCGGGAUCAUCUAGCAAACGAGCGAACAUAUCUCGCAUGGACGCGCACUUCUCUUGGCCUCAUUGCACUCGGCAUCGGCGUAGAGCGCUUCGAGAGAUUACGGGCGGACCUCAAGACGCAAAUCGCACCGGCGUCCCCAGACAUCCAAGCAGAACACGAGCGCCAGGUCGGGCAUGGGCAACAGCUAGCUGGGACGCUCCUUACAACCGGCGUGGCGACGCUUAAAGGGGUAUUCCGCCCUAAUGUGCACGGCGUUGCGCUCGUAGUUGUUGGCUGCGCAUGCGUCACUACUGCCGUCGUGAGGAGUGAGCUGCGCCAAGCUCAGCACUUAUCUACAUAGGUUUUGCAGGGAAAUGUAGCUCUCAAAAUCGAUGUGUUGAAUCACAUUGUUAGACGAACCAUUGACGGUUUGCGCUCGCGCAUAGACAUGAUCGAUACGGUCAAAGACAGGCACGCCGCGUAGUGAGGCAGGGGCCCGCCACUGCCUAGCUCAAGAUUCCGUGACAACAUCGUAUAGACAGGGCGCAAUCACAUGAAGGAGU